AUGGCUCGAGCUGCGAUUUUCGCGCUCUCCCUCGCGCUGCUGCUCGUGGCGGCGCGCGCAGGCAGCCCCAUCACAAGCUCGACGGCGAACGAGAAGCCCGACCCGAGCAGCAAGAAGGACGACGGGCUCAUGACGGAACUCCCCCCGGACAUCGCGAAGCAGGCGGCGUCGGGCAACGCGGCUGGACUGACCUACGUGGACACGUCGCAGGAUUCUUUCUUCAUGGCUGAUGUGAAGAAGGCCGGGUGGAACGCGCAGAAAUGCCCGCCAGGUUUGAACAAGGAGCUUUCCGGUGCUUGCACUCCUAAGAAUUGCUCCAAGGGCGGCAUCGCCGCCAAGUGGAAGACGGCGUACCUGCAGAAGAACAAGCUCGGGUACGAGCUGUACGUGCCGGGUAACCCGCUCACGCUGCUCAAGGCGAACCCCGCGUCGUGCUGCAACACGUGCGCCGCGACGCCGGCGUGCACGUACUGGCAGUACAUUCCCGAUAUCACGAUCGACGGCAAGAAGGGCAAGGGCGCGUGCUACCUGAUCCACGAUCAGAUCGACUUCACGUGCGGCGAGAUGACCGCGCAGUACAACACGGAGACGAAGCCCGUGCCGCUGCAGGUGCGCAUCGGCGGCGAGUGCAACCCGAGCGCCAAGAUUCUCAACGACCCGCAUCUGGCCAGCGAUGUGCUCGCUGUGGACUGCGCUUACACCGCCUAUGCGCGCGCCAGGCAGGUGAUGCCCGUGCAGGAGUUCCCGUAA